AUGGAGUACCCAGAUUUUGCCUUUUCAAUGCCGACGUGUUAUCAACUUGGUAUCCCGAGUGAAAACGCACCGCUUUCUCAACUGCCCCCCUAUUACGGACCUCCAAUGACUAUGCCGAUACCACAUCCCCUGUACGAUUACAAUCUGGAGCCUGCUUUCAUAAGGAAGAGGAACGAGCGCGAAAGAAUUCGAGUGCGCCAUGUGAACGAAGGCUACGCACGACUUCGGGAACAUCUCCCAGACGAGCCCACGGAUAAGCGAAUGUCAAAAGUAGAGACCCUCCGGGCUGCUAUCAGGUAUAUUAAACACUUGGAGAGUUUGCUUGAUGUCGGAAAAGAUGAAAAACAAGAUAAGACCAAGCAGGUAGAGAAAAGACAAGAAUCUUUAGAGGAAGAGAGGUAAAAAAGAACAGUUGAUUGAUGUCUUUUCGAGCGACCGAUCGAGCCUACUGCAAAAAAGAACAUUGAAUUUUUUUAGAAGAAGAUUUCAAAUGCCCAGUAAGGUCUUUCUAUUUUGUGUAAGUAAAUAUAUGCUCAGUCACAUGCAAUAUGGACAUCAGAACAAAUGACUGUAAUUUAAGCAGAACAUUUACACCUUUUACAGGCAGGUAAAAGAACGAUUGGACUUUUGUUCUCGAUAUUAGCUGAACUCAUCUUAGAAAGUAGAGACAAAAUUGUCCAUGCAAUUUUCCGACUACAAACAUUUGCAGUUUAUAGAGAAAAUUUUUAAUAACUAAAUUGUAUCUAAGUUUAACUUUGUGAAUUUGCAUAAUGUAGUUGGAAGAGUGUAUUUAGCGGGCAAAAUCUCUCUCUUAAAUGCAUUCUUCAGUUAGUUUAAGUUCGCCUUCGAAACGGUUAACUUGAAGCUUAAUUUGUGGACUGUGUUACGAUGAAAACACUUUGUCAUUUUGACGCCUUGUUGGCUUUAACCACUGGCGCGCUCAUCAGUUUUCAAUGGUUUAUAAUUUAAAUGUUAAACUUUUGUAACAUUCGAAAGUUGACGCAGCGCAAAGAGAAACAAUAAUUGUUCAUAAAAUGUUAAUGGAAAAUCAGGAAGCCGCUCAAUUUAACAGAUAAUGGUGGCAAAUAAUUACGCGAGUACAAGCCAAAUGAAUAAAAAAUAUCUUUUAAAACAAAAAAUAUAUAUUGCCGUUUUAUUCAGAAAGAGAAUAAAGUGAUGUUUUUAGACCAAGGGCCGUGCGACUUUGAAAUACGUUUUCUUGAGAUAAACGAUUCGUGAAAAGGUCAUUGCGUAGAACAAUAAUUAGCGAGGUUGUCCAGCUGUACUGCGCAUGUCACAGAUCUCGGCCUUUGUUGCUUAAUCCAGCUGUACUAACAAAUCGCAUAUAGGUUGUUCAACUUUGACGCACUCUCCUGGAAGAUUCCUCUUUACUCUCACUUGCAUUUUUUGCUGAAUGGUUCAGAGGUUUUAAACUUAAAUUCGCUUUCCCAUUACAAUACUUAAGGAAGUAUUUGGCAUCCUAGGUGACAAAGAAUAAAGAUAUACAAUGGUAUUGCCAGUGUGUUCCUCUUAAUUAAGCGCCAACAAAGUGCGUUCUUUCGCUUCGCUUACAUCACUUAGUACUAACAUAAAGCAAAGGGUCUAUCGAGAAGAAUUAGUCUUAGUGUUAGCUAUGGUUUUGGCUUAUUUUCUCUCAGUAUUUUGUAGGGCUUUGUUUAUUUGUACAUGUUACGUUCCUUGUUUAAAGUUGAUAGUCAAGAACGAAUGCAACCAGGAUGUAACCAAAAGAUCUCAGACAAUCAUAUUUGCUCGAAGCGAGCAGCUUGGACUGUUCGGUAAAGCUUCAAAGCCACAAAGCACCGUUAAAGGAUUCUGAAACAGCUCCCCACUAAAUUCAGAAGAUGUGCAAACUCUAGUGUUAAUUCUUUAUGCUCCCCGACGAAAAUUCACUGUUACGUAGGCCUGAGAUUUGGGUAAGUUUUGAAUGAAAUCGUUCAUGUUUUCAGGUUAAAUUUUAUUUUUUGUUUCGGUUCUUAAUGCCAAAGAUAACAAAGUUAUAUUACCUCCCGUAGUAGAUUUUCCGCUAAGAAAUCCUUAUGUUUAAAAAUUCGGUAAGUGUUUCACUGUAAUUGCUUUAAGAAACGCUCUCUUUAAUUUCCGCGCUGAGUUGUCAUGCAAAUGAAUCAAUUAUCAAAACGCGAAGAUAAAAACGGAAUUAGGUUUAGAGAAUAUUCACCACAAGGCUGCUCGGGAUAAAAACUAAGACACACAAUUUUCUCGGUUUGCCUUUUAACAAAACACAGGAUUAUCGGCCUAAAAUCCACAGCUUAGAGAGGCAUUUGGAAGCACUAGUCAAUAGUAUUUUCUUCGUCACGAAACUUAAACUGAUGACUUUAUUCGCAAUUUUCCUGUUUGUUUCAAACAACAUAAUAGAUUACAAAUAUCUUUGUCAUUAAGUUUUCUUUUAAUUUAAAAACAACAGAAAUGAGUCUUACAUUUCCCGUUUACUGCCUUCUAAAUAUAAAACGUACUAAAGUUUGGCUGGAGAAGUUGUCUUAGGACUAAAUAUAAGUAAAAACGGUCCUGAGAACAGAGACACGUGGGAUUUCCAGAACGGUUCGCGAAACCAAGAACAAACACUAAAUAUAUAUUUUUGGAUAAUAGCAUUUAAAUGCUUCAUUAACAACCGCAAAGAGGCAAAUUGUGCAAGUAUUUCUAAGCUGCUAAAUAUUUAUCCAAAAGGCUUCACAAAGUAUGCUUUGCGAUGGUUUUCUUUUUUUAUUAAAAAAAAAAAAAUUUUUUAUAUAUUUCUUUUUGAUACUUGAGUGAAGCGAACAUCAAAACGUGUCUUAUGAGCUAGCUUUUCUUUUGUGUGAAAAUGAAACAAAAGACCUCAUUGUGCAAACUCACUUGACAGUUUAACUAUGUUGUUUUUCUUGCGGAAUUCCAUUUUUGGGAAAUUGCAAAGGUGCAUAUUCAGUGCCUAGCAACACAAACUUGUCCUUUGCCGACCGACAGCUUGAACUUUUCGCAAACAGUAUUAAAAACAAACACGAUGUAAAUUGCCAGAGAAUAGUUCUUCUAAUCACCGAUAAUUCAAGGCGAAAACGCUGCCGUCCUUAAUGAUGUAGCGCACAUUUGACCUAUUGUGGCUGGAAUAUAUAGUUUCUACAUCGCAAAAGAGUAUGCUUUAUAACUGUGCAAUCAACUAUUUCAUAAACGUUAUUAUUAAUCAGUACUAUAGCAGGAAAGCGUGGGUGAGAUUCGCUGAAUUCAGAAAUCAUGCUUUCUUUUUCUUUCUCUUUGUCAUCGAAGAGCUUCAUUGGCAGACAAAAGAUUUGAAUAAACUCGACAAACAGAGCAUCACUGUUCCCUGUUUAAAAGAGCAAGUGCUUAUAAUACUGUGGCAGAGAAUACAUGAUUGAAGAAGCUCGUUGUUUAACACAGAAUGUCUUAAGCAGCGUCUAAGUGAAAAACAGCACUUCACCCGUAGAUUCUAUAUUAUGUACAUGUAUUCUAAACUAAACUUCUCGCUUUUUCGGCAGCCAUGACCUUGUCCACGUGGUUUUGUUAAAAGGACAAUUUGUCACGCGAAAAAGCGAGGUUAAAUGGCGUUCCUGACUAGUAUUCAACAAAAGAAGUCAACACAAUGUUGAGAAAGAACUAGACUGCAGCAAAAUAAGUGCUAUAUCUCGCUGUGCGCUUGUCUUUUUUUUUACGUGUGUAUAGAAUCCUUAGCGUUUUUGACUUUAAACAAACAUGGGGCCUUCAAAUGGUGUUUAAAGGUCCGGAAAAGAAAAUUAAAAAAUGAAUUCGGUCUUUAUUGUGGUCUGGCAAAUCAAAAUACAACUGGUGUCUUCGCGGUUGCUAUUUGUAAUCAGUGAAACUUAACCACGAGGCCCUUACAGUUAAGAGACAACUACAGAAAUCAGUGGAGGCAGACAAUACGAAAUCAUACGAAAUACGUGUCGCGAAAGUGAUAAUUCGUGAAGCUAUUUGCUAAUUUGACAAGACAGAUAGUCACAGAGCAUACUUUGAAAAAACAAUAAUGACAGAAUAUAUGUCCCGUAAGGCUAGCAUGGCUUAUUGUUAAUUACUUAAACAGAGUUUGAAUGAGCUAAGGACAGAUGAGAGGAAAAGCGAUAAAAUUGGGUGCGCCAGGAGCCAAUAACCCGGAGAGAGCAACUUCCAGGUCCUCGUGUCAAGGCGCUUUUACCAACCUGUUUAUUUUUAGAACGAUUUUGGUGCUAAUUUGGAGUAUCAAUAAAGUCCCACAACAGUCAGCAAAACCUAAAGACCUGAAAAUGGCAUUUUUGACCCUUUAGUUUUCCUUUUUCAAAUCUUAUACUUUGAAUGCGCUAGUCUCAUAGAAGGAGCAAAGGUCCCAUUUUCGCGGGAAAAGUACUUUGAUGAUGAUUUUCUAAGUGUCAACUUUAAUAGUGGUGUAGAAUCACUAAGUAGGGACACUAAAAUAAAUUUGAAAGAAUAAAUAAAUUAACGAAUUAACUUAAGAUGAAAAACCAGAAUGUUAAGAAAUAAGAAAUCAAGAAAAACGUUAUACAUUAUGUGCAAAUAAGAAAUUCAGGAGAACUACAUACAAUAUGUACAAUAUGUAUCCAUAGUAUCAUAUUAAAUUAAGAACUGCAAAUAGAGCAGUUUGAGCAAUUAUAAUCUCCUAAUAGCAUACUAAGAUCCACUUUUCUGAUGUUAUAUUUGAAAGAGGACAACGGGGAAGCUUCCUUCACGUUACUAGGAACAGAGCUCCAUACCUUUGGGUCCAUGUACCUGAACGAGUGCUUUCCAAAGGAGACUGUUAA